GUAGAGCAGAAGAAACAGUUCCAAGUCUUGUUUCCAGCCUCCACCUCUUUCCUCUGGAUCUCUGAGGCACCGUCUCUCUCUCUCUCUCUCCCUCGCUCCCUUCUCAUACUCAUACGCUCCUAUCGGCGUGAGGCUCCUGUGACUCCAGCUCUGCACUUGCACUUCUGUCACAGCAUGCAGCUUCUGGUGGUGUUAGCGGCUCUCAUGGGGGUUCUGCUCAGCGUUAGAGCAGCCGCCGUGCUUCCUGUGGACGACAGGAGCCCCGUCCACGUGAACAGGGAAUUGAGCAAAGAACGUAAGGAGCUGAUCCUAAAGCUGGUGUCGGGCUUGUUGGACGGAGCUCUGGACUCCAACAUGCUGCCGGGGGAAGCGUCACCUGUGGAUCUUGAGGAGCCGCUGGAGUCUCGUCUGGAGGAGAGGGCUGUCUACAACAGGUUAUCACUGCCCCAGCGUGACCGUAAAGCCCCCUGUAAAAACUUCUUCUGGAAAACUUUCACCUCCUGCUAACAGAGCCAAAAGCCGUCUACUGGUACCUUUUCCCCUCCGACCCGACUCCACAUGAACUGUAGUAGAGCUCAGAUGUACAUAUCAUCUACACUCGUCAGACAUGCAGCAUCGAUGGACUUCACUGAGACAGUGUGUCUUUUUCAAUCUUGACUGUUUGUUUAUUUAUGUAAACAAUGUACGUAUUUAUGUAAUGAUUUAUUUUACGGUCAAUAAUAAAGCAUGGAUAUAACAUUAGAGAUGAUAUAAUGAGUUGAUUUUAUUUUGCAUAUAAUCAGCUUUUAGUCCUAAUUUCUGUUUACUGCAGUUAGAUUAUGGACAUAUUUUAGGAUUUAUGGUUAAAAAAUUCUAUUUAUUUUUCUAAAUGAUCAAUUGAGAUAUUGUCUGUAACUACAGUUUUUCCCCUUCUGCAUAAAACAAUAUUUAAUUUCUAUAUAGCUUCUUCAGUGCUGAAUGGGUGAUCAUUUUUUUGUACUUUUCUUGUGUGUGAAUGUCCUUUUUUUCCUUUUUUUUUGUUCUUUUCAAUCAUGGAGGACAGAAGAUUAACUCCAGGGAUGAUAAACACUGACCCACAAUAGAUGUACAAUAAACUGAAAAGGACAAUAAAAAAGCAAACGGUGACAAAAUUGAA